AUGGUUUCACCACCUUCCCUGGGUACUCUCCCAACCGAGAUUUUUCAAAAUAUCGUGUCACACCUUGGUCGUCAGCAUAUCAAGCAUCUUUCGCUCAUGAACAAGCGUCUGAGGGCACAAAGUCUCCCAUUACUGUUUCGCCAUGCCAGAGUCUCCUUCUCGCCCUCGGGGCUCGCAGCCCUCCGCGGUAUUGCUGACGCUGACCAUCUGAGCCAGCAUGUGGUUUGCGUCACGUACAGUGUCACGGAUAUCUUGGAUCCCAGGACCGGCAAUGCUGAGCAUUUCGCUAGCGAGCUCUAUUCAACGAGAUCGAUGGAGACCUUCCCUGAAUACAAAACGGUCUUCCCAGCUUUCCAGCCUAUUGCUAAGAGUCAGCGAACAGUUCUCGACACCCGCAUGGAUAUGGAUGUUGUUCCGGCAGCUCUUUGCAAGUUUCCCAAACUUGCGAAAUUCACGUUGAGCUACAACAUACCAGCUGUUGAACCGUGCUUCUUGCCCAUGAUGCGGUGGCUGAAACGCAAUCGAAAUGCACCUCUUGAGCACCACUUGAACGUCGUUGUGCAUGGAAUUCGACAGGCAAGGAGUCACAACAUACGGAUUAGCACGUUUGAGUUUGACGGGAGGGAAGAAGAAUGGGGUCAUUUUGAUGUGGCAACUUCCUCUGGAUCUCUGCGUGAGAUACUUGAUGACGUCGAGGUUCUACGCCUGUUUUGUCCUCGUGCGGUGUUAAAUGAAAUCUUCGCGCAGCCCCUUUUCCCUCAUCUGAGAGAGAUUGAUGUGUGCAUAUCUUAUCACAAGAUGCUACCAUCGUUUGAAGCAUUCAUUAACAGGCAUGCGAAUACGAUUCGAUCCAUCCAAUGCCACGAGGAUAUCCCAAUAUGUAAAUCUCUUGGGAGCCUUAUCAAAUGGCCAGGUGUUUCUCAAAACCUCAUAAGGAAACAUUGUCCAUUGCAUCCCCUGGCUACCACAGUUCAAUUGCUUCUGACAAGAUCAGGGACGAGUUGA